AUGAUCAGUGCUAAAAAACUGACGAAGAAACUAUCGAAGAAGAAGCAGAUGGGUCAUUUUGUGAUAAUUGGUGGCGGAGGAUACCUUGGAGCUAAUAUUAUUCAUCGCCUUCAAAAACAUGGCUGUGAGAAUAAAAUUAUCGUAGUUGAUCCAUAUCCACGUGCAUUCCAAACUAUCAGUAUUAAUAGAGACAACGUAACUUUCAUAAAGAAAUCGUUUCUUGACUCUUCUCUUCUUGAUGUCGUAUUGAAAAACGCUGAAGCAGUAUUUCAUUUAGCUGCUGUUGGUCACACUGGUCUAAUUGCUGGAAACAAAGAUUAUGUUUUUGAUUUCAACGUGAAUGGGACCAAAAUGUUGGUUCACAAAUGUCAAGAACACGGUGUCUCUCGCUUUCUGUACGCUUCCAGUGUUGCAGUCUCGUUUAUUGGACAACCACUGAACAAUGUUUCAGAAGAUGAGCCACUUCCAAGUGCAGAAAAAUACCUUGACUAUUACUCUGCUUCAAAAGCUGAAGCGGAAAUUUUCGUACUGUCACAAUCGACUCCGAAGUUCAAAACAACUGCACUCCGGUUCAGAGGAAUCUACGGACCUGAAGACCCAAACGUUACCCACAAAGUAGCAACAUUGAUUAAAAACGGCUUAUUUGUUGGAAAAGUGUCAGUACAUGGAAGAGAAUCUAAAUCAAACGCAAGCAGUGGAGCGAAUUGCGGACAAGCUUUUGAGCUGGCAGACAAAAUGCUUCAAAAACCAGAUGGGCUCCAUGGAAGAGCUUAUUAUAUUAUGGAUGAGGAAGAAACCGGACAAUAUCAGUUCUGGACUCCUCUUGUGUUGGCUCUUGGAAAGACACCUCCAUCAAGAUUCAUUCCCUAUGAGCUUAUGCGAGUAGUAGUCCCUCAGUUCGAACAUUUAUGCUACGGACUGCUAAAAACUGCACCGCUAUUGACAAAGUUCGAACUCUCCAUAUUGGCCACGGAUAACACGUAUGAUAUAAGCCGGGCACGAAACGAACUAGGUUACAAACCGGAGCCUAGUCUUAUGUCGGAGGUGGCUAAAUACUACCAAACGUUGGAAGAGCAAUCAAUUGUUUCAUCUUUUACCACAUGGAGGCUCAUCGUCACCAGCAUGUGUAUUCUUUUCUUCUCCAUAGCUGUUCUAUAUCUCAUACCGCUCAUUUAA